AUAGGCUUCGACCCCCUUUUAGUUUUAAAGCAGUUCGAUGUGAGUUUGGGAAAAUUACACCAAUAUAGAAGAUGACCAAUAGAUGGCAGUAUUACAAUGUGAAGGUCUUUUAUGAACGGAACUCCGAAGAAGAACACCAGGGGAGUGAUUCGGCUAACCUGAUCAUGUUAUUGAUCAUUAUAUUGCUGUAGAUGUGAGAAGGAUAUUUAUCCACGAGCCACGUUGAUCCAAAACCGAAUUGUAAAGAUGGCAAGCGACGAGGAUAGAGGGGUAGUUCGGGUCAAAGUGAAGAAAUGUGAUGGAGCACUUCCUGUGGAGUUUCGAUCCUUUGCUGUUGAUCCUCAAAUUACAUCAUUGGAGGUGCUGCAGCAUAUUCUAAUUAAAGCAUUUGAUUUGAAUGGGAGGCGAAAUUUUGAGAUCAGUUAUAUGUCUCGAGGUGUCAGCGUUGCAGAGAUGUACCUGACUUUAACAUCUGAUGGGGAUUUGGAUGUUGCAUUUGCCAGUGCGGCCAAACCAUAUCUGCAACUCAAGAUGGAUGUGAAACCUUCAGAAGACAGUCCUGUGAUGGAGGACUGGGAUAUCAUCAGCCCCAAAGAUGUGAUUGGCUCUGAGCAGCUCCUUGCAGAGAGGACCAGGUCCUUGGCAACUGCAGCACUUCCUUUCACCCAGUCUCUAAUGUCUCAGGUCGGCCGGACACUGACACGAGUCCAGCAGGCCUUCAGCUGGUCUUAUGGGGAGGAAGUAAAGCCUUUCAAGCCCCCUUUGAGUGACACCGAGUUUCACAGUUAUCUCAAUGGUCAAGGACAGUUGACAAGACCAGAGGAACUAAGGCUGCGGAUCUACCAUGGUGGUGUUGAACCUUCACUGCGCAAGGUUGUUUGGCGCUACCUCCUUAACGUCUAUCCAGACGGACUAAGUGGACAGGAACGAAUGGACUACAUGAAGCGAAAGACGAGAGAGUACGACCAGUUGAAGAAAGAAUGGACGGCCCACGUCAGUCACGAGGAUCUUGAAUUUAUCCGGGGAAAUGUACUCAAAGACGUUUUAAGGACAGACCGUGCCCAUCCAUACUACGCAGGCUCAGAAGACAGUCCACAUUUGACCGCUCUCACAAACUUGCUUACUACUUUCGCCAUCACUCACCCACAGAUAUCGUACUGUCAAGGAAUGAGUGACAUCGCUUCUCCUAUACUGGCUGUGAUGGAUAAUGAAGCACAUGCCUUCAUUUGUUUUUGCGGCAUUAUGAAACGUUUGGAGGGCAACUUCCGGCCUGAUGGACAGCUUAUGUCCAUUAAGUUCCAGCAUCUAAAAUUGCUUCUGCAGUACUCAGAUUAUGAAUUCUACUCGUAUCUGGUUUCCCGUGGAGCUGACGACCUUUUCUUUUGCUACCGCUGGUUACUUCUGGAGCUCAAGCGAGAGUUUGCCUUUGAUGAUGCGCUAAGAAUGCUCGAGGUUAUGUGGAGUUCGCUGCCCCCGGACCCGCCUGAAACUGAAGUGGAGCUGCUUGGACCACCAGUACAGACUGAUAAAACACGUUUCGCUGACAGGGACUCGCCCAGUGGCAGUCGCCCUGGGCGUGACUGGCAAAUAAAAGAGAAGCAACGUCGACAACAUAUGCUUCGGCCAUCGAGAGAAGAAACCGAUGUCGAUUGGAAUGCUGUCACGAAAGACUGUCAGAAAACUGGACCUGGUAGUGACAGACGCACACCUCAAGUGAGUGUGGGUCAGGCAGGUUUCGUGUCUCCUUCUGUUGAGGAGAGUUUUGGUGAGUUUAAAUACUAUGCUGCUCCAACUGAAAAUAGCUUUGAGAAGAAGGAUACGAAGCAGCAACAGGGCUUGACUGAUGCGCGGUCAUUGUCACGCAUUCCAAUUCGUCAGUCCACCACUGAGAGCGAGGAGGAUCCCGAAGAACAAACGCCACUUAUAAAAUGCUACAGCAAUGGCUUUUCACCAGGAUCAUCACCUCCUCUCCCGCCAAUCUUCAACAGUAGCGCCGUUUCUCAUUCGUCUUCAGUCUUACCUUCCGGUUGGUCACUUGCUCCAUCUGACUCCGCCCCAACAUUCGGUUUCACAACCAGCGGAAGAGAGGCCUUAUCAAGAACUGUCCCAAAGGUCAUCACAUCUUCGGCACAAUUGCUCAGGAGUACGGGGUUGAACUUGACAAGCCCUGCUGUAAAAACGUGUGCAACAGCUCAUGCCCAUGCUCAAAAUCGAUCUUUUCUCUCUUCACCAAUUUUGCCUUUUGGAAGAGGUCCUUCACAGCCCGGCUCCAGGUCCUCCUCCAAUAACCUUCUUUCUCCCAGCAACAAGCCCUCACCCACCACAGCUCCUCACAUGGACACUUCCCCCAAACUGGAGAGCGGCAUCAAACCGUGUUCUCUGCCGCCUCCCCAAGAGUUUGGAAAAGGCAAUCCUUUCAUGCUUUUUUUGUGCUUGUCCAUCUUGCUGGAACACCGCGAUCACAUCAUCAAAAACAGCCUGGAUUACAAUGAGCUCGCGAUGCACUUUGAUCGCCUCGUCCGGCGCCACAACUUGAGCAGAAUCCUGCAGCGUGCCAAGGCCUUAUUUGCAGACUACUUGCAGAGCGAAGUGUGGGACUCAGAGGAGGGGGACGAGGUUAGCUCAGACUCUCCAAUAUCAGCCACUGCUGCUCAGUACUCCCCACCUUUAACCAUCUCUGCUCGCCCCAUUUAUAGCCCCUUAUCAUCUCCUCAGUCCUCAUCUCGGAACUCAACCUACAACCUGACAACCACCAUUCCUUCACCAACAGCUGAAGUCUCCCUUUCACAGAUGUGAUUUGCACAAGUAUCCCUGACUUCACACCUCUCAGCAGCAAGGUGGCCCCGUAGUGGCGUGGACUAUUUUAAACAGCCUCCCAUUCCGGAAUCGGGCACUUAAGUAUCUUACAUGCUUGAUUAUGUACAAUAUAGGAAUGAUUCCAGGACUGAUCAUAACAUGUUAUUUGUAUUGCCGCCGCUUGGAGGUAUUUGGAAAGAGCUUUUCCUGCAUCCUUCAAAGUUUAGAAUGCAUGCACCCUGUCUUUUAUUACCCCGUUUUUGACAGUGUGGCCCAGAUAAUCAAUUUGAAAUAACAUUAUUCCAGCCACUUCAUGCAUAUCAACCGUUUUUCCGUCAUUAUGUGAUGGUAUUAAAAUUCAAGUUAUGUGUGAACAAAGAAAGAAAAAUACAAUAGUCCCCCAAUAAAGUAAUGUCAUUAACCUGAAAUAAGACAAAAAAUGAUCCUCUGUACAGGGAGCGGCUGCCCUUACAGUUUUUAUUGAGAAAAUAAAAUCAGGCUAGCUUUUUAGCAAUGUUAAAAUUUGCUUUGUCUUCUGUCAUAUCAUCACAUUUAUCUUACUUUGGCCAUUUUUAAACUCAGCCUCCCUAUGAUUUAUUAUCUCUAUUUUUAGGCUUUAAUAGUGUUUUCUGAAGUGCUCGUGCAUAUUAAUAUGCACACAAAACAGUGUCCUUGAUUUUUGUUUUCUCUCUGGGCUAUACACGGAGAUGGCGAAGCCUCAGUGGGCCGAUGAUGUCAAAGAUUUUUUUUAAAUAGAUCCUAAGUAUGUUGCCUUUAUAAAUUCACGACGACAAAUGAAUUCUUGCUUUUUAAUGUGAAAGCCUACAACAAAUGAAUGAGAGAGGCUUUAAAGAAACUGUGCUCCAUUUACUUCAAGAUACUUUAAUAUGACUCAAAGCUAACUGGAAUUGUAUUUCUAAUCGAGUCCCGGUGAAUUAUGAUAUACUGUAAUAAUGCUAUUUAUGAAUAAUUGGCAAUUGACAGUAUGUAAUUAUAUGGUCCUCCAUUUCAAGAGAUGAAACAAUUUUGCACUCGAUUUAUUUAUUUUUUUAGUCGAAUUGAACAAAAUAACCACUUUUAUGUGUCAAUGUGUUAUAUAAGUUCUGUCACAUAUCGAAAGCUGCCAGCGAGGCUGCUAAAGGUUUGCGUCUCUCCAAGCCAAUGUUUUGCUGUAGUUGCUUCUGUGUGAUUAAUAGUAAGACGCGUCAUAGCAUUUGAUGCUGCAUUAUUAGAGAAGUGCCUCACUCUUGGGAGUCUGAAACAUUCAAGUGUAUUUUCAUCUGUGCUAAAAAUAUCUCCUGCUAUGAUAUAGAAACUGCUGCCCCUUGGGACGAUUUAACAAAUAACACCUGCUAUGAUUCGACAGUAUUUCAAGUAACGGGGUAGUUCCAUGAAGAAAUUAGCCAGCCAAAAAGUUUGGGAAUUGCUAGGACCAGUUGAUGAUGUGUGACCUGAGAAUGAAACUACAAUCUCUUAAAAUACCAUCAAAAUGAAACAACACUUUUGUUCUUUUUUGCAGGGUUAUUGUAUGUCUUUUUGGUCAACUUUUUACUUGUAUCUAUCUGUCAGUGUAUAUCUUCAAUAAGAAAGUAUGAUCUGCUUUUGUAUCCUUGGGUUAUAAUAUUGCUUGCUUUUUCUCAUCAAGUAAUGAACAUUUUCAUUGAGUCCACCCUAUUGAACUCUUUCUUACACACAAAAUGGAAACGUCUAGUAUUUACUAGCGUCAACUUAAGUCCUGUUGAUUGUCUGCCAGUUACCCCCCCCCCCCCCCCCCUUUAUUAGUUUUGGAACUUCGAGCACAUGACACUAUAUGCCAAAACUAUGGGCUGUAUUUAUACACCUUUGAGCUGUUUUGCAUUUAGAUUAUAUGCACAACAUUAAGGUCUGAGGGGCCUUUUUACACAAACAGCUACUUGAAUUAAUGUAUUUUUCAGAAGUGUGCUUUUUUUGGUAACGUUUCUUUUUAUUAUUAUUAUUUUGAGGCCUUUGUUUUUCUUAAUUUGAAUGUUCUUUGUCAUUAUUAUGCUAACAUUUGCUCUUGCCUUCCAACCCUUCCAUGUAUCAUUAGCAUAAUAAAUAUUUUAAAGGGUA